AUUUAGUACGGGUUUAAAGAGUGCAGUGUCGUUGUGGAACAUUUUGUUCAGGGAUGGAUUUCGAAAUUGAGGAGCUAGAGAAUUUCUUUUCUCAGCACUUUGGAUGGACUCCAAACAGCACUCCUGCAGCUUCCCAGGUCACUGAUCAUGAAGAUUCAUCAGAUGACGUGGACGACGAUGGACCGGCUGAUGACACUAUUGAUUUAGAUCGACGGGUUAUGCAGUUUCUUGAUGAUGCUGUCUUGUCGGAUCCAAAUUCAGAUGAUGGAGACAAUGACGAAAAUGAAUACCAGAGAAGCUCAGCGUCCAUUGAGAAUGUACCUCUACCCCAUGAUGAUCCUGAUCUGUUCAGAAUCAGAGAGGUAAAGAUUCGUGGCUGCGGCUGUAAGAACAAGUGCGUUUCUAUCUUCAGCGAUGAUACUUUGUACUCGCACAUCCUAAACAUGAGAGAAAUGUCAAAGGAAGAAAAAGACAUGUACAUCAUGGGAUCGCUUGUGGACAGCUGCAAAGAAACGACAAAACGGGGAAAGAAAAGAAUACGUUCCAGGCAGACUUUCAUGUUUUCCGGGGAAAAGGUUUGCAGAAAUACGUUCCUGCUUGUCUAUGAUAUAGGGAAGCAUUUUCUUCAUAAUAUCAUCACCCAUAAGAAUACACAUGGAGUAACACCACGCAAGCAUGGGAACCUAGGAAAGAAACCUAGCCAUUCGCUACAAUAUGAUGACAUUAAGUUAGUUGUACAGUUCAUCUCUAGUUAUGCAGAUGACUUUGGGUUACCACAACCAGCUGCCCCAAGAGGAAGAGAUGACACUCCUCCCAUAUACAUUCCAUCCGAUACAACGAAGAAGGACGUCCACGAGAAAUAUGUUGAAAGCUGUCCGAACGACCGACAUGUGCGAUAUUCCACAUUUUGCAACAUCUGGAAUCAGUGUCUUCCGCAUAUUAGAAUAGCCAAACCAAGGGACGAUGUAUGUGCCACUUGUGAAAAACUUAGGAAAAGUGUUUUAGAUGCAGUUUCAGAGGAGGAAAAGUUGGAGGCAGCAAGAAAGAUGCAGGAACACAUCACACAUGCACAGGCUGAAAGGAAAGUGUACAACGAUUGUGUGAAAAGGUCCCGGGACACAUACCAUUCACAAGACAGAUUCGUCCAUUACACGUUUGACUUCAGUCAGAAUGUAUGCAUUCCUCAUCAUUCGCGGCAAAUGGGCCCCCUGUACUUUCAGACACUUCGAAAAGUCCAUAUAUUUGGUGUCCGCUCCGAUGGAGAACCAAAACAACUGAACUUUCUUAUAAACGAAAAUGAAACUAUCGGACCAGAUGGAACCAAAGUGCAUGGACCAGAUUCUGUGAUUUCUAUGUUGGACUGGGCCUUACAAAACCACAAUUCGGGCGAAACGUCAUGCACAAUACACGCUGAUAACUGCUGUGGCCAGAAUAAGAACCAGUAUGUCAUUGGAUAUUUUAUGUGGCGAGUAAUGACAAAGCAACACAACAGAAUAGAGUUCAAGAUGCAGAUCCCCGGACACGCACGGUGCCUCAUCGAUGGAGGAUUUGCUCUUCUCAAGAAGUUGUAUAGGCGGUGUGAUUGUGAUAGCAUUGGCCAACUUGAAGAUGUUGUUAACAGAUCAUCUACUACUAACACUGCUGUGCGAUAUCCAGCGUGGCAAUGGAGAUCCUGGAAAGAGUAUCUGGGCCAGUUUUUCAAACCAGUGAAGGGUAUCCGCCAGUACCAACACUUUUCGUUCGAUUCUAAUGAGCCAGGCAUUGUAACGGCGAAGAAGACUUGUGACGGAACCGAGGAGAAGAUUGAGAUUUUGAAAGAUCAGGGAUUUCAAUUCAGAGAAAUAAGAAGACCGGAUGUACUUCCCGCUGGUGGACUGUCUGAAUCUAGGGUGCGUUAUCUCUACUCGCAUGUGAGACCAUUUGUGAGACCUGCUUUCCAGGAGGAGACGUGCCCCUCUACAGUCCAGUAGUAAACUUACUGAACUGAAACUUUACUUUUACAC